AUGGAUUUUUCUGUCUACCUCCUGAUUCUUCUUUCUCUCCUCUCACAGUGCACAGCUCAGUGGUGUUACCAGAGCCAAUACUCCUGUGAUGACACAUGCAGAGACCCAAGCCGCUGGGCCGCCCAGUUUCCCAGCUGUGGAGGAUUACGCCAGUCACCCAUUAACAUCGUCACCAACAAAGUGCACCUCAAUGGCGCCCUACCACCCUUUGACUUCAUUGGCCACACCAACACGAACAACAUCACAGUAGAAAACAAAGGACACUCUGCUCAUUUUGGUUUGCCACAGUCAGUGCGUCUGUCUGGAGGAGCUCUACCUGGUACCUACAGAGCUGACCAGUUUCACUUCCACUGGGGAGGAAAUGGGAAGCCAGGAUCAGAGCAUACCAUAGAUGGAGAGAGAUUCCCUAUGGAGCUGCACAUCGUCCACAUCAAGGAGCCGUACGGCUCUCUGGCAGAGGCAGAACAUGACAUGGCAGGUAUUGCUCUGCUGGCAUUCCUGUUUGAGGAAACAACGGAUGAUCAUCCGCAUUUAGACACAGUUAUUGCUGCUUUGGGCCGUGUUCAGACUAAUGGCAGCAGCACCGUGAUCCCAAACUUUCGUCUCAGUGAAAUCAUCCCACCUGCCAAGGAGCUCCACAGUUACUAUCGCUAUGUGGGCUCCAUGACAACUCCAGGAUGUGAACAGGCGGUGGCCUGGACGGUGUUUGACAGGACUCUGUCCAUUAGUAGCCGACAGCUGGAUGCAAUAACUCAGCAGUGCCGCUUCUGGAAUGGGCAGCCUAUGACCAACAUCUACAGGCCUACACAGCCACUGGAUGGUAGAGUUGUAUACCGGUCCAAGGCGAGUGCAGCUCUGAAAGGUGUGAUCCAACCGUGGGUGUGUGUUUUCUCUGCAGUACUUUUGAUAACCAGCCUGAUACACUGA